AAGGCAUCAGUGUUGUUGUUCCUCAAACUGGAGUGCAUGAAUGCAUCGGGUAUUUGAGAGUUGUUGGAUAGUUUACUAUUAGAUUGACAGCAUUUUUUCCCCAAAGCACAGUGAUAACACAUUGGUUGGGACGUUGCCCUGACGUUAGAGCCGCUAAACGUAUCUCACACGAGGUCAAUAGCUUGUUUUUCAACGUUACAACGAGAAGCUAGCAGCUAGCUUCAGCUGCUAAAGAGCAGGCAGAUCAGGAGGCUCAUCUGACAACUGAGCCUGGUUGGAGUUUGUUAAACUGGACAUUUGGUGAACUAUUUGGUAGUAGGGUUGCCCUGACAACCAGGUAUAUGAUGGGCAUGACCUCUCGAAUAGAGUGUAUAUUUUUCAGUGAGUUUCACCCAACCCUGGGUCCCAAGAUAACAUAUCAGGUCCCAGAGGAAUACAUUUCACGAGAGCUAUUUGACACAGUUCAAGUUUAUAUCAUCACCAAGCCAGAACUGCAGAACAAAUUGAUAACGGUCACCGCCAUGGGAAAAAAGUUAAUCGGGUGUCCUGUGUGCAUUGAGCAUAAAAAGUACAGCAGAAACGCCCUCCUGUUCAACCUUGGCCUUGUUUGUGACGCCCAAACCAACACCUGUGCCCUUGAACCGAUUGUCAAGAAGUUGUCCGGGUACCUCACAACUCUGGAGCUGGAGAGUGGCUUUAUUUCCAAUGAGGAGAGCAAGCAGAAACUUUUACCCAUUAUGUCGACCUUGUUAGAAGAACUUAAUGCCACAGGAGCCUGCACCUUACCCAUAGAUGAGUCUAACACCAUCCACCUGAAGCUGAUCCAGCUGCGAAAGGACCCUCCGAUUGUCCAGGAGUAUGAUGUGCCUGUCUUCACCCAGUGCAAAGACCAUUUUAUCAAAUCUCAGUGGGAUCUCACAACUCAACAGAUCCUGCCCUAUAUUGAUGGAUUUAGACACAUCCAGAAAAUCUCUGCUGAAGCGGAUGUAGAGCUGAAUCUUGUUCGCAUUGCUGUGCAGAAUCUUCUGUAUUAUGGUGUUGUGACCUUGGUGUCAAUAUUUCAGUACUCCAAUGUGUAUUGCACCACCCCCAAAGUCCAGAACAUCAUAGAUGAUAAGUUCGUUCAGGAGGAGUGCCUCAACUACGUCACUAAGCAAGGUCAGAAGCGUGCCAGUCUGAGAGAUGUGUUCCAGCUGUACUGUGGUCUGAGUCCAGGAACAACAGUCCGAGACCUUUGUUCUCGCUACUCGCAGCAGCUUCAAAGGGUUGACGAGAGGAGGCUGAUCCAAUUUGGACUGAUGAAGUCUCUUAUUAGACGGCUGCAGAAAUAUCCAGUGAAGGUGAUCCGUGAUGAGAGGAGCAGGCUGCCUCGACUCUACACCGGUUGUCAUAGUUAUGAUGAGAUCUGCUGCAAGACAGGGAUCAGUUACCAGGAGCUGGACGAACGUUUGGAAAAUGAUCCAAACAUCGUGGUGUGCUGGAAGUGACAUGGAUUUGUAAAAGGACUGAAAGAUUCAGAGAUGCCUCAACCAACGAUGCCUUCAGUGGUGGAAAGACUUUUCUUGGAAUACUGUUCAAAGUGAAGUAGUAUUAGUGUGUGUUUUGUUUUCGUUUUUACAAAUCUAAUCAAGAAUUUGCAUUCUGUUUAGGUCAAGUUAGGACUGUUAUAUUUAUUGAUACUGUAAAAAAGAGAAUUUGUUAUUAAUAAAAGAGAUUAUCCUACAAUGUGACAUUUAAAUCACAGUGAAUAAAAAUCAUGAAUUUUACAAUUAUUGUCAUUUAGUAACCAUU